AUGGGGGCCAUUAUUUCUCUUCCAAUAUCGGCUGCGAGCACCUUCACAUUCUCAAUGCUCAGUGGAUGCUGCUUCAAUUUGUUAUCCAAUAUUGCUUCAAAAGUAGGCUCUUCUUCGCUAGGGGUGAGAUUGCUCUAUGCCAUUUGGUUGUUAAUGAACUCACUUCUGUCGUGGAUUACACUCUCGGCAAACAAGUCGCUGCUAUUCCCUGGCAAAUCAUGUACGAGCACAGGAGAAUGUGGGUUUUUUACCGUGCACAGAUUGAACUUUGCUCUCGGUAUGCUACAUUUGAUCUUAGCCGGAGCCCUGAUAAAAGUGAAAAGCACUAAAGAUGCAAGAGCUACUAUUCAAAAUUCUUGGUGGUCAUUGAAAUUCCUGACUUACAUCCUAUUGAUAGUGGCCUCAUUCCUUAUUCCAAAUGAGUUUUACAUAUUCUUUUCUAAAUGGGUAUCUGUACCUAGUGGUGUAAUAUUCAUUCUGGUUGGAUUAAUAUUGCUGGUCGAUUUUGCACAUGAAUGGGCUGAGACGUGUAUCUUCCAUGUAGAACAAGAAGAUGAAAAUUCAAAUUUUUGGAAGAACUUUUUGGUGGCAGGAACGGCUUCCAUGUAUACAGGAGCUAUCGCUAUGACUAUCGCUAUGUAUAUCGUGUUUUGCAGAGAUAACUGCAAUAUGAACAAAGUGGCGGUCAAUAUGAAUUUAGUGCUGAUUCUAAUAACUUUAAUAAUUGCUAUCCACCCAAGGGUACAACAAUCUAACCCCAAGAGUGGGUUGGCACAGAGCAGUAUGGUCGCAUUCUACUGCACUUACCUAACAAUGAGCGCAAUGGCAUCGGAACCUGAUGAUAAAAUGUGUAAUCCUUUGGUAAGGAGUAAUGGUACUAGGAAAGCCAGUGUUAUUUUAGGAUCCUUGUUCACAUUUGUUGCUAUUGCUUAUACUACUACAAGAGCUGCAGCAAAUAGCGCGUUUCAAGGGUCAGCUGCUGAAGGACCCAUCUACUUACCUGAUGAUAUCGAAUAUGAAGGUUUAGGGGGACAAUCUAGGAAUCAAUUAAGAUAUGAAGCUAUUAAACAAGCGGUUGAAGAGGGAUCACUUCCGGAAAGUGCUCUAUAUGAUCAUAGCUGGAUGGGUGCCUCACCAUCCCUAAAUAAUAGAAAUGAAACAGAGUUAGAUAUUAAUGAUGAUGAAGUUAAUGGAACACAGUAUAACUACUCACUUUUUCAUGUAAUAUUCUUUUUGGCAACACAAUGGAUAGCAAUUUUAUUAACAAUAAAUGUUACACAUGAUGAUGUUGGUAACUUCGUACCUGUCGGUAGAACAUAUUUUUAUUCAUGGGUCAAAAUUGUUAGUGCAUGGAUAUGUUACGGACUUUACAGCUGGACAGUGCUUGCUCCUGUCUUUAUGCCUUACCGCUUUGAUUACGAGGAUUAUUAUUAG